UGGCUGGCUGACAGAAGCGAGGUGUUGUGGGCGCGGCGGGGGAGAGACGGCGGCAAAGAGGAGCUUCAAAAUCCGGGAUUCCGGCUGGAGCUGCUGUGAUUUGCCGGAACUUGGCUGGCAGCCUGGCCUUCUAGGUGAUCUGGAUUCUGAACAUGAGGCCUGGAUAUUUUGCAACCUGUUGCCUCAGCUUGUGGGGGAAAAGGUAGCUGGAUGUUGACCUGCAGAGUCUCCUUCUGUUGAAAGGGAAAACGUUGACUAAAAAGGGAAUUGGGAUUAUAACCUGCUCAGUCACUUUUCCACUUCAAACACUUCUGAAGUCUGCAGAACCCACCUCGUGAAUUUUUGAAAUUCUCCCACUUCUCCUUAAAUUCAGGAUAUCACCAUGGACUAAUUUUUGCCCGUAAGGAAUGGAUAAUUGUAUAAACUUCUUAAGUUCUGCAUGCUACUUUCAAGAGCUGUUUUUGCUUUCUGGUUCAAACUGAAAUUUAGUGCUUCUAGGCAACAAAAUGCCGAAAAGAAAAUGUAAAUUUACUGGUGGGCUGCAGAAAAAGUAUACGUGUUUUAGAAGAGGUAGAGAUGAUUUUGAAGGUGAAUGCAUGAUAUGUAAACCAGGUACAUUUGUCUCUGUGGCAAAUAAAGGAGGACGCGACCUGCAAUCACACGUGGAGUCCGAAAAACACAAAAAAGCAAUUCGAGGAGAAGCUUCUUCAGCACAAUUAACAGACUUUUUCAUAAAACCAUGUAGCAGAUUGGAAGACGAAGUAACCGCAGCUGAAGGAACUUUUGCUUUUCACACUGUUAAGCACCACAACAGUUAUAAUGUGAUGGCAUGCACAUCAGGCCUACUGAAGACGACAUUCCCAGAUUCCGAUAUUGCAAGGAGGUUUUCAAGUGCAAAAACCAAGACAGAGGCAAUUGUAAAUUCUGUCUUGGCACCCGAUUGUUUGGAAAAUGUUUUGAAAAGCAUUGAAGAAAACAACGUAGGUUAUUGUGGAGUUUCCACUGAUGGGAGUAACCAUGGUUCAGUAAAGGUGUUUCCAAUAGUUAUUCAAUAUUUUGACUGGAAAAGUGGUGGUUUGCAGUCCAAAAUCAUUGAAAUGCAAAGCCAACCCAAUGAGUCUGCAGAUACAAUCUUGUCAUACGUGAAGGAAACUCUUGAAAGUAAAGGACUGCUAAAGAAAUGCAUAGCAUUCACAGGUGACAACUGCAGCACAAUGUUCGGAGGGAUACGAUGGGAUUCAGAAGGAAGAAAUGUGUUCGCAAAGUUGAACAAUGAGCUAGAUAACAAAACGUUAAUUGGUGUGGGAUGUCCAGGACACAUUUUGAAUAACUGUGUUCAUCAGGCAGCAGAAACUUUGAACAUCGAUGUUGAGAGCAUCAUUUUCAAGAUAUACCAGUACUUUCACAUCUAUGCAGUCCGAACGGAGCAGUUAAAGGAGUACUGUGAAUUUGUAGAUAUUGAAUACAAAAAGCUGCUAUCUCAUAGCAAGACAAGGUGGUUGUCAUUAUUUCCAGGCGUCAAUAGACUCAUUCGCGUGUUUCCAGCUGUCAAGGCAUUUUUUCUCUCACAGAAUAAUCCACCAACAGUGUUAAAAAAGUUUUUUGAACACGCAUUUAGUGAGGUUUAUUUAUUGCACUUGCAGUCUCUCAUGAGUAUGUUUCACUCAUAUAUUUUAGAACUCGAAAGGGAAAAUAAUUCAGUUGUAGAGGUUCUGAAAGUUCUGCUUUGUGUUCAGAACAUGCUCAAUGAACAUAAAAGCAACAACUUUAUGCCCCUCAAAGUUAAGAGUCUUCUAGAAGAAAAGCGUAAGGAGGGUCUUGGUGUGGAGUGUAACAAAUUCUGUGCAGAAGUAAAUAGCUUAUAUGACAACUGCAUAGAAUAUCUGGGAAAAUGGAUGGAGUCCAUGAAAGAGUUUUCAUGCUUCAUGUGGAUGUCUCUUAGUGAGUCACUUGAGUGGGACAAGGUAGAACCUUCUAUAAAAUUUCUCCUGGACAGGGAUAUAUCCAUAGAUGAUGUGAAGUGCUUUGAUCAAUUCUGCAACCUCAAGAAGUUUGUGGAUCAAUACAAAGGGGAUGAUGAGUUCAUUAAUCUUCAGGCACAUCAGAAGUGGACCAAGUACUUUGAGACUUCCCAAAACAUGUGCCACUCAGAACUUUUGAAGAUUGCACAGUUUUUUUUUGCUGUUGCAUCACAUGAUAAUGCAAAUAUGGAACACAUUUUCUCUUUGAUGCAAAGUUGGUGGAGCAAAGAAAGAGGCCACUUAUCCUUGGAAUCGCUGCGGAGUAUAUUGCUAGUACAAUACAAUUAUAAGCACUUUACUUGCAAGAAAUUUCAUGCUUAUCUCUUAAGCAAUAAGCAGUUGUUGAACAAGAUAAGAUCUACGGAGAAAUAUGCUUGGGCCAGACAACAUCAGAAAGAAGAACAAAGUGCAUUUGAAAGUGACAUACCAUGAGGUAGUUGGCAAAUGUGUUCCCUUUUUUGUUCUUCAAAAUAUGGCAACCUUAGUCUGGAACCGAGAGGGGUGUUGUGCACUGUUGACACUAAAUAAAUGUUUUGUACUGAGAGUACUGUAUAUGGUGAAUGCUAAUGUAUAAUAAAAAAAUUCCUUCAGUAGCACCUUAAAGACCAACUAAGUUUUUAUUUUGGUAUGAGCU